CAUGUGAUCGUGAUGAGACAUGGCGAUCGAGUGGACAACUCGGAGCCCAUGUGGAUCGCCACGGCAAGGCGUCCAUGGGAUCCUCCAUUGGCUGAAAGCGGAAGGAUCAGAGCCUUCUGUACAGGAAGAAAACUCAGGGAACGGCUCGAUUUUCCUAUCCACAGAGUGUUUGUUUCCCCUUUCCUCCGUUGUAUACAGACCGCUUCCGAGGUCAUCUCUGCACUUUGCGCUGUCGAAGAUAACAAUAUCGAGAUGACCAGCGAAAAUGUUCCCAUCGAUCCCUCCAAGCUCAAGGUCUCUUUUGAGUAUGGCUUAUGUGAGGUAUUAAGUAGUGAAGCUAUAAGUUCUGAUUUGACUCCUAAAGAUGGCAACUGGGAUUUCGAUAUCUCAAAACUUGAGGAAAUGCUACCAGCUGGGACUGUGGAUCACUCUGCAGAACGUGUGUACCAAGAGUUGCCAAAGUGGGAGGAGUCUUUGAUGGAUGCAAGGGCUCGAUAUAGACAGGUCAUCCAAACACUUGCAGAUAAAUAUCCCCAUGAAAACUUGUUGUUUGUCACACAUGGGGAAGGAGUUGGCAUUGCAGUCUCUUCAUUCAUGAAGGACGUAACCGUGUAUGAAGUGGAAUAUUGCGGAUAUGCACACACACGAAGAGCAAUAACCUUUAAAGAUGAGCAGACAUUUACUUCCUGCAAAUUUGAGGUAUCUACAAUGGGCAGUGAAUCUGGUAUCAGCUACUGUCCUACGAGUGCGUUGGCCAUGGAUGUAUGAUUCGACCCUAUCAAGUUGACAUAGGUUUCACACUCUGUCCAUGGUUGCUGUUUGUAAGCUCAAUUCAUAAAGUAGAGUAUCCUUUAGUCUUAAAUAUAAUGGGAGAUCCAUGUUUCUCAUGAAUAAUCACUCAUUUUUCUGACAAUUUCGGGAGUAGUAGGCUUUUCUGUAUGUCCUUAUUGAAAGGACUUGUUGGA